GUUCGCCGGGGGGUCUUCUGAACUGCUUCCCUCACCGCAGCGGUCAGCAUGUUCUGAAACGCUAACAUCACAGACAUUAGUCAAAUGUUAUGUUCAAAUAGAACUCGCUUCCAACUGAAAUGGUUACCUGUUUCUUCCCUGUCUCAAAGCUUGCAUCAGUCGACAUCAUGGAUUCAGCAAGAGAGGAACUGUUCACCCAAGAACAAGAAUUAGAAGACUCAAAAUAUGAAUUUAAUGAAGAUUGGAUGGAAUCUUUCAGGGAAGAGCUUUCCGCCCAACAAUUAGAAGAUUCCGUGUAUGCUUUUCAGAAUGAAGAUUUGCACAAAAAGGUUGCUGGACUGAAAAACUUGGUGCGCCAUUUGGGUUGGCAUUGUUUUGUGUACAGGAGAGCAUUAGCAAAGCUUCCAAAUGGUAUGGCGACUUUAGAUAAGACUGAGAGAGAAGUUUUAAAUGAGCAAACCCCUCCAUGUAGCUCUUGUGAGAAGGAUGAGCUUCUACUCCCAAUACAACAAUUGAAGAGUAGCAUACGCAAGGUGUGUGUUAUUUAAAAUUUUGAAGUAAAAUAGUUUUUAUUUGUGCUGUACUACUUUUCAGUUUUGAAACCUAUUGGUUAAUUUUAUUUUCAGAGGAAGAGGGACGAUGAAUGUGACUGAUUAUAUUUGAAAGUAUAAAUGUAUGAUAUAGAUUUAAGGAAAUGUCUUUGGCUCUAAAAUUUUGGACGCAUUUAAUAAAUUUGAAUCAGAAUAUACUGGAUUUACUUGAAAGCUCCCUUGGCUCCCGCAUGAUUUUGAUCUUGGUCCGACUAAAGCAGAUCGUAAACUUGAGUUACUCAUUUGAGUUCUCCUCUAAUAAUUACCCCCCUGCAACAAAGAUGCCUUUUAAUGACUUUAAAUUAAAAUGCUUGGUGAGCCAAGACAUUCUUUUGAAGACUAUAUGAAU